AUGACAAUAUAUAAACUCUGUGAAGGAGGACUGACAACAGCCACUUUCUUCUCUGCCAUGCCAAAGAAGCCACCAGCAAUGAAACUCCACACUGCAGCUAUCCUCGUCAUCUUCUGGCUUGGCGUCUUCACUGAGCACAUGGUGAAAGGGAGCAUUGGAAGUCAGUCCAUGCGCAGAUUAAAAUGUGUAAGUCUGCCUACACAGCAACUGAACAUCCGAAAUCUUGUCAGCUAUGAAAAGAGGCAAGGUCCAGUAAACGCUGUCAUAUUUAUGACCACAAGAGGUAUCAAGGUCUGUGUAAGCUCUAAUCAGGAAUGGGUGCAGACUGCUAUAAAGAAAAUAGACCAAAAACGUGCCACCAAAGGCAACUAA